UGUGUUUGGAUGAGGCAAUUUAAAAUUUUAAAAAUUUCAAAUACUUCAAUUUAAAUUCCUUCAUUUUUUAAAUUUUGUGUUUGGAUAUAGCCUCUCUCUUCAACAAUCACAGAAUUACCACCAAAUGAAAGUUCCAUAUUUUAAACCAAAACCAACAAGUCAAACCCAAAUUCUCCUCUCUCUCCGUCUCAGACCCGUCUCAAUCUCAGUCUCAGCCACUUCAACCCCAACCCCCUCCUCCAUCCAAGUCGACAAAUCCCCGGUCUCCGCCACUCCCUCCAAGCUUCUUCCCUUUCGGAUUGGUCACGGCUUUGACCUCCACCGUUUGGAACCCGGUUAUCCCCUAAUCAUCGGUGGAAUCAACAUUCCCCACAAUAGAGGUUGCGAGGCUCAUUUCGAUGGUGAUGUUCUGCUUCACUGCGUUGUUGAUGCGAUUCUAGGGGCACUAGGUCUUCCUGAUAUUGGCCAGAUUUUCCCCGAUUCUGAUCCUAAGUGGAAGGGUUGUGCCUCUUCCGUCUUCAUCCAUGAAUUUGUCAGUAAUAUCUGCCUCCCUUUUUCUUCUCUAUCCAUAUCUCAUACUACUUUUGGCUAUUUCUAUUGUACUAUUGUUGAUUUUAAUUCGAUCCCUGUCUUCAAUGGAUAAUUUGUGG